AACUAUCUAUAUACUUAAUGCGUUCAUUUUGUACAUUAAUCCCAUUAUACAAUAGACGAUUAUUUUAUUUGCGCUAUUGUAUUGUUUCACAGUAAUCAAUAUCCUAAUAUGCAGACAGACUUAGUAUAUCAGAAGGACAUGGGUAUGAGGAAACGUCGACUCAGCAAUAGGUUUAUAUUGCUUACUAUUUUAUGCAUAUUAUGUAUGCUAACACUGACUCUAAGAAUUGUACAUAACGAAAAGUUAGAUAUUACUGUUGAUAGAGCUUUGGUACAUAAUCCAGGUGGAUGUGAAGACACUGAUUAUGAUGAUGGAAAUAUUGAUAAAAAGAUGCUUUCUGUUCUUAAGGAAAGAAACGCUUUAUCAAAGUUAUUAAAUGAGAAGCAGCAACGGGUUGGUCAACUUCAAUGUGAGAAAACAAACACGUCCAGUGAAACAGGAGGAUGGUGCAUGGAACAGAGCAAAGCGACUGGAGGAAAACAUAUGACUGACCGAAAUCUUGUUCCUACAUUAGCACAGUUUUUUAAAGGAAAGUACGUUGCAAGUUUUGGUGAUGGACCAGGAAUGUAUAAGAAGCUUAUCAUGAAAUCCGGUCAAGUCAAAGGUUAUGACGCGUAUGACGGCGCGCCAUUUUGUGACGUCACCAGCAAUGGAAAAGUUCGCUUCUUAGAUUUAUCUUUACCUCAAUAUGGACUCCCCUUGUAUGACUGGAUAAUGAGUAUUGAGGUUGCUGAACACAUUCCGAGACGAUUUGAAAACGUUUUCAUUGACAAUGUUGUUCGCCACGCACGUGAAGGUGUUAUCUUAAGUUGGGGAAAGCUUUUGCAAGGAGGCUAUUUACACGUCAAUAACAGACCGAUUGAACACGUUCAAAAACUUAUGCACUUAAAAGGUUUUAUCCAUGACAAGUUGGCUUCAAAUAAAUUGCAGUCUGCAGCAACUUUUAGAUUUUUAAAGGCAAAUUUAAAUGUGUAUCGGAGAAAUAAUUCUAAAUCUCAUAAAGAUUUGAUGCUUCAUACAUAACAUAUGACAAGACUAUUCCUGAUAUAAUACCUAGGGAUUAUGGUGUAUGGAAAGUAUGCAAAAUAUAUUGAUGUUGAAUUUAUACCAAAAUUAAUUGAUAAUUACUUAUUUUUCGAACGUUCUAUGUGCAAAUAUAACACUUCAUGUUUAAAUGUUAUAACAACCUUUUCUGGCUUUGUCAAUAAAGUUUAUAGUGU